UGACAGGCAGGAGUCAUGUUGAACUUUCGCUUUGUCGUCCGCCGCUACAACGAUGCUGUGAGCGACUGAGCGACGAUGUCAGAGAUCCUGAUGAAGCCGGCGGAGCGAGCAGCGACGGUGGAGCAGGCGGAGCAGGAGGGGCAGGCGGGCGGGCAGAGCCGCAGCUUCCUGCUGGUGGACGAGGAGGAAACCCUGCAGGUCCGUGACAACACUGAGUUUCUGGACAGACUCGGCUGUGCAGAUGUGGCAGCGGUCAAAGUCCUCUCCAUCUUUGGCAACACCGGUGAUGGCAAAUCCCACACGCUCAACCAUAUCUUGUUUGGCGGUGAGAGCAUGUUUUACACGUCCAAGUCGCCGAGCUCCUGCACGGUGGGAGUAUGGGCUGCUUACAACCCCGAUCUCCGACUGAUUGCUCUGGAUACAGAAGGUCUGCUUGGAGCGGCGGUCAAACAGAACCAGAAAAUGAGGCUGCUGCUGAAGGUUUUGGCAGUGUCUGAUAUGGUAAUCUAUCGCACACGGGCAGAGCGUCUUCACAACGACAUGUUCCAGUUCCUGAGUAGCGCCUCGGGGGCCUACCUGAAGCACUUCACCCCCGAGCUGAGGGCCCUGUCCAGCCGCUGUGGUCUGGACGUGCCCCUGUCCUCGCUCGGCCCUGCCGUCAUAGUCUUUCAAGAGACUACGCACACUCAGCUGCUAGGUCACGAGUCAAAGGUGCCGGGCCACGCUGACACGCUGCUCCAGAAGCGUUUCCAUGACCUGGGUUUGAGGACAGAUGCCUUCAGCUCAGUGCAGUAUGUGGGCACUCAGACCAUCACCGCCCCCACAGACUACGGCCGGCUGCUGGAGGCCGUCAGGCAGCAAGUGAAGAACACCCACACACGCUCCCCUCGCCAGCCCAGCAUCGUAUUUCAUGCUCUGGAAGCUUUGAGUGAGCGUUUCUGUGGGGAGCUGGCAGACGACAAGAUGACACUGUACUCCUUCUUCCCAGACGAGUACUUCACGUGUUCCUCUGUCUGCCUCAGUUGCAACAUCCGCUGUAAGAAUGGGAUGAAUCAUCUCAAAGACCGGGUCCCCCACAUGGCAGACGGACUCUGCCAGUAUGCACACCAGUACAACAACAAGGUCCUCAUCUGUAAGCGGUGCUAUGAAGGAGGCAGAGAGGUGAUUGUUGUGCCCAAAACAUCAGCUUCCUCUGACAACCCAUGGUUUGGACUUGCCAAAUACGCCUGGUCCGGAUACGUGUUGGAGUGUGCGAGCUGCGGCGUAAUCUACCGCAGCAGACAGUACUGGGUGGGAAACCAGGACCCUGAGAGCAAUGUGGUGCGAUCUGAGGUCAAGCACGUCUGGGAGGGGUGCGACAUCUUCCUAACCAACCACCAGAACGCCGCCCAGAGGGUCCUGGAUGGGAUGAACUUUGUGAUUCAGUCGGUGUCGGAGUAUGGCACCGGCCCCACUAAAGCUGUUACAGCCUGGCUCACGGACCAGGUGGCGCCUCCAUACUGGAGGCCCAACGUAGACAUCACAAACUGUCAUGGAUGCCAGAAGCUGUUUGAGGAGGCUGAGAGGAAGCAUCACUGCCGGUCAUGCGGCGAAGGUUUCUGCCAUCCCUGCUCCAGCCACAGGAUGCCGGUGCCAGAGAGGGGCUGGGGCAGCAGCCCCGUCCGGGUGUGUAAGGCCUGCUACCGCCAGGGGGGGCCACCUGACACCCCCACCCAAGUCUGUAAGGUGGAGCCUCGUGGUCUAAUAGCUCGCAGGGUGACGGAGGUGGCCCAGUCUACGCUGGACAUCGUCUCUACAGCUGUGGAUUACCCGCUCUGCUUUGUGAAGGAUGUGGCUCGGCCAGACUACUGGGUCCCCGACCAGAACAUCACCCAGUGUCACCAGUGCUCCAAAACCUUCACUCCAGCCAUGUCCAAGCAUCACUGCCGGGCGUGUGGGGAGGGCGUGUGCGGCCCCUGCUCCACGCACACCCGGCCGGUGCCGUCUCGCGGCUGGGACCAUCCAGUCAGGGUGUGCGACAGCUGCCACGCCAGCAAGGACAGUCUGUGACGACCGCCCCUGAGGAAUACUUCUCAUGGUGCACGCAGUCUUCCUCCGAU